AAUUUUAUUUGGUAUCUCGGUUCAGCUUUCGGUCAUAUCAUGUUUGGCUUGGUACAUUGAUACAUACAGCUGUCUUAAUCUUUCGUUAAGCCAAUGAGUCGGCGUUUAUUGAUUGCAAAUAUUUAAUAUUAAACAUUUUUAGAACUAUUUCGUGAGCAGGAAGGAAACCAUUUUGAGCAUUAUUAUUUGUCAAAUGUACUCAAUAGCUUAAAACGAGUAACAAAACGGAAGCAAUUUCCCCUAUAAAAGAAUUCAUUCCAACCGCAGAAAAGCAGAACACAGCAACUCGCAAAUUCGAUAUCACUUUAGGUUAUUUCACUUCGGACUCCAUCGUAAAAUACAGCUCAUUUCAAGAUGAAGUUCCUUUUCGUGGUCGCCCUAAUUGUCCUGGCCAUCCAACUGGCUUCCUCUGCUAGUACAACUACCACAACCACUACAACAACCACCGAUGCCACGACUACAACAACCACCACCACCGACGCCACCACCACGACGACAACCGCCUCUUCCACCCACAAGAAGCGUUGUUGGAAGGGCAACAACUGGUGCCACACCCGCAUCCCCAAGAGGAAGUGCAAGCACCCAAAGAGGUGUCACAAGACCAUCGUGAUUGUGACCCACAAGAAGAACUAGUUUCCUCUUUCUCUUUUCUGCAUGAUACACACUGAAAUAAAAAUUAUACAAAACCCUCAAAGGUCAUAACUCCA